CUUUGAACCAACGUUCUUCACUACAUCUCAUCAUCCAUCAUGCCUUCAUAUUCUAGCGGACAAUUCUACCACGACUGGCGAUACGCCAUUAAGAAGGAUUUCGCCGACCCUUCUGGAGAACCCGUCAAGUAUGCUCAAGAUGGCUUCAGAACAUGGGGUCGCGAACUGCACAAGAUUCCACUUUCAGAAGCUCCGAAUGGAGUAUCAGUGAACACCGAUGGCAGCCUCAUAGCAAUAGCAGCAAAGGAAGAUAUUCUCAUCUACGACACGACCAGUUUCUCUCAAAUCAUGGUCCUGAAAGGUCAUGUUUCCAGAAUAGAUGCUUUGGCCUUUCAACCAGGGAAACCUAAGGUCUUGGUUUCAUCAGCGCAAAAUAACUAUGCAGGUUCAGCUCCUGCAGAGCCUACUAUCAUAUUCUGGGAUCUCGAUGAGCAGAAGAAGCAUCCCAUAAUGGAAGAUAGCGAGGUACUGAAGAUCGCAAACCAAGCUAAAGACAAUAUUGUCAAGAACCUCCAAGAGGCUCAAACACGGAUUGAAUUGUCGACUGAGGAAGAAGGAAGACUAAUUUCAGCCAUCGAGCCUGUCAUAUCGCGCAUCGCCAAGACUCAUAGCGUUGUGAAUCGAAAAUUCAUUCACGGCCGCCUCCAAGGCUCUUUCCAGUCCGAGAUCUUCAGUCCAUCUGGUUCGCAUUUUAUCUACUUGCCGGGUAAUCGACCUAUCUCCAAUGGCAAAGACGCUUGGGACGUCAAGAUCUACUCGAUGACCACCAACGAAGACGCCUUUACCUUGAUCGGGCAUACCGAUUGCUUGAUGUGGAUGGGCUACAGCCCCGAUGAGAGCAUGAUUGCUACUGUAGCCUGGGACCAAAGCAUGCGCAUUUGGGAUGCCGCGACUGGGCAACAAAAGUACGUCUUUGAAACAAAAGGGCAGAAUUGGACGGGCGGUUUCUCCCCGGAUUCUACAAAAUUCGCUGGUACCUGCGGGAAUGGCACGUUUUACGUUUACUCAAUGGUCGAUGGCACCACACUUGUGGAGCAUACACCAGAAGCAGGACGCGGUUGGAUGCGAGCUCUGGAUUGGUCUGCCGACAACAACUUCGUCGCAGUAGGUGGAGGACAUGGAGCUGGCUCAGGAAUACUAUUUCUGUACGAUGUUGAGAAGAAGCAGGUUACCCAAGAACGGAUUCUUAGCACGGAUGCAUGCAAAGUUGAUCAGGACACAAAACGGUUUCUGGGCGGCUUUCUUGAGUGCUGCAAGGUUCGGUUCGUGGAUGGAGGAAGAAAGGUUGCUGCCUUAACUGGGGGCGAUGGCGGGAUCGAAACGUAUGAUUUGAACACUUGGGAGAAGUGGCGCUUCACAAGACCUGGUAUUGAUCCAGAAUCUGAGGAAGAUGUUAACGAAGAUGAAGGGAAGGCUGAGGAGAGUACUGAAAAGGGACAGAAGAAAGAGAAAGAGAAAGCACACGGAGGCUACGCUAUGCAAGUUUGGGAGGAUCAAAAGAUGGGAAAGGUAUUCAUUGCUAGUAUGGACACCGAUGCAGUGAGAAUCUGGGAUGUCCUAAUGACGAUGGGGAACGAGUCUUGA